AUGAUGCUGUUUGAUUUAAAUUCUGGAUGGAAUGAAGUGUCAUCCGGCGUCGGCGUCGCCUCUUCCUUCUUAGCCCGUCCUCUUCCUCUUCCCCCGACUUUCGCUCUAGCCUCCACCCAGAUUCAAGAAUGCUCUGGCCUCCACCGCCUCCUCCUCCCUCCACAACGACUGUCGUCGCCUUCUCCCCCACCACAACCUCAGCAAACUCGUGAACCCAAACCCGAAUUGCAAGCCCUAAUUCGAGAAUUCUCUGUAAAUUCUUCUGCUCAUUCUCAAUGGAAGCAUAUUAUUGGAAGCGAUGGUGGCAAUAAGGAAAAUAAAGCCCGCAUUCAAAGGAUUAUUGUAGCUGGAAAGGCUCUUGCAAAUGUGGUCCGGAUUGGGAAGGAGGUUAUUGUCUUCAAACCAUCUAAGACUGAGAAGCAUGUGAGUGAAUUCGCUUCAAAGUUACCUUCUUCAGAGGUUCCUGCUUCCACUGUUGGUGAUGGCAGGAUUCAUUGUGGGUCAUUGUGGGAAUUCUCUGUAGAUUCGGAAAACCCAAGUGCCCAAACUCCCCUUUUUGAGGAAGAAAUGGUAGAUACUGUGGGGGUGUGGGUUCACGGGUUUGUGCCGGCACAAAGGUGGUGGAGGUGCCGAUGGUGUGCCGCACUGUUGUUGGCUGGAGAAGAGAAAUCGAGGUUUCUAGCCACUGCUAAGUCCAACCAUAGUCAACUCCAGCAUCGACAAAAUUAG